GAGGGGAAGUGGUGCGCUUUUUCUACGGUUCUCUCUCUCUCUCUCUCUCUCUCUCUCUCUCUCUCUCUCUCUCUCUCUCUCUCUCUCUCUCUCUCUCUCUCUCUCUCUGUAUGUCUCUCUGUAUGUCUCUCUCUCUCUCUCUCUCUCUCAUCCACAUUGCAGUCCUGUCACGUUCCCUCUGCUCCCCCCAUCCGCCUCAACCGCUCCAGGAGAGGCAAGGAGAGAGGGAAGGAAGAGUGCAGCUGAAAAGCAAACAGACAUGUCGACAGCCAACGCAUAAAGUCUCCCAUCGGCUGUUCGUGGAUUUCUUCGCGGGACCUGAUGUGGUGAGGGGUGGGUGUGUGCCGCUGCCCUGGGCUGGGCUGAAGGCAGAGGAGGUAGGAUGCUGUGGCUCUCCCUGCUGUCUGUGGUGGUCCUGGGUUGUGUGACCCCGACCCAGACACACACUCACACACACACCCCGACGCCCACCUCCACACACACCCCUAUGGUGGACAGCUCGGAGGAGGAGGUGGACGAACCGUGCUUCGAGCCGUGCACGUGCGAGGUCAAAGAGGGAGUGUUGCACGUGCACUGUGAUGGGCGGGGCUUCACUAACGCCAGCCAGGUGUCCCAGUCUUGGCUCCGCCCCUUCAAGCUCAAUCUGCAGAGGAACUCCUUGAGGCGUCUCUACAGCAACGGCUUCCUGCACCAUAGCAAUGCCGUGGCGAUAAACCUAGGCAACAACGCGCUGCAGGACAUCCGUGCCGGGGCGUUUCAUGGUCUGGGGACACUGAGACGCCUCUACCUCCACGAGAACAAGCUGGAGGUGUUCCGCAACGACACCUUCUCUGGCCUGGAGGCACUGGAGUACCUGCAGGCCGACUACAAUGUCAUCAAACGCAUCGACAGCGGGGCGCUACGCUACCUGCAUAAAUUACGAGUGCUCAUCCUCAACGACAACCUGAUCCCUGCUCUGCCUCCUCACCUCUUCAGAUCUGUGUCUCUGACCCACCUGGACCUGCGGGGGAACCGUCUGAAGAGCCUGGCCUACGCCGGGACCCUGGAGUACGUGGGCCGUAGCCUGAUGGAGCUCCAGCUGGAGGAGAACCCCUGGAUCUGUGGCUGUGAGGCAGUCCAGCUGCAGACCUGGCUGGGACACAUCCCCUACACCGCAGUGGUGGGGGACAUCACCUGCGAAUACCCCUUCCACCUGCACGGGAAAGACCUGAGGGAGAUACCACGCAAAGAACUGUGUGCCGGAGAGGUGGAGGGAGAGGGGGAGAAGGAGGGAGACAGGGAGAAGCACGGAGGGGUACAGCCUCCUCAGCAUCCGAAAGUGAACCCCAAGCCUGGGAGGCCCAGACCAACCAAGCCGUCCUCCAUGGUUCACCACCAGAACACACAUACCUCAUCUUCUUCAACUUCAUCAUCGGCGGAGCGGAGGGGGAGAGAGAGGUCCCCUCGGCCCACCAAGCGUCCCCGGCCCUCCAGGAUGCCCCCCACCCAGCGUAGCCUCCUCCCCAACCAGCCCCCUCCUAUCGCAGGGUACCAGACUCGCCCCCCCAUCCCCAUCAUAUGUCCUCUGGGGUGCACCUGUAACCUCCACAUCUCAGACCUAGGAUUGACAGUCAACUGUAAGGAGAGCGGCUUCAACAACGUGUCCCAGCUCAUGCCACGCCCCCUCAACGGACGGAAGCUGUACCUCAGCGGCAACCUCAUCCAGCGGAUCUAUAAGUCAGAUUUCUGGAAUUUUUCCAGUCUGGAUCUACUUCACCUGGGAAACAACCGGAUCUCCUUUAUUCAGGAGGGAGCGUUCUCCAGCCUGCCGGCCCUGAGGAGUCUCUACCUGAACGGCAACAACCUGCAGAGGCUUAGCCCACACAUGUUCCUGGGUCUACUUAACCUCAGGUACCUGUACUUUGAAUACAAUGAGAUCGGUGUGGUGGAGGCGGGAGUGUUCAGCCCCAUGCCGUCUCUCCAGCUGCUCUUCCUCAACGCCAACCUGCUGAGGUCACUUCCUGUCGGAGUGUUCCAGGGCAUCUCCCUCUCUCGCCUCAACCUCCGCAACAACCACUUCCUCAGCCUGCCUGUAGAGGGGGUGUUAGAGCACCUCACUGGACUGGUGCAGGUGGACCUGCAGCAGAACCCAUGGGAGUGCCGGUGUGAUGCGGCCCCUCUGAAGCGUUGGCUGGAGGGCCUGAGUGCGGUGGUGGUGGUGGGGGAGGUGGUCUGUCACUCACCAGAAGAGACCGCAGGUACAGACCUUCGCUCUCUUUCCCUGGACCUCCUCUGUCCAGACCUGGACACCCACCAGGCCACGGUGGAGAACCAUGGGGAGUGGAACAGCUCCACAGCCCCAGACGGUGAUUUCUCUCUGGGCUACCCCGUGCCAGGCCAUGGCCCCCUGGGUCCCCUCACCAAGACUUCCAUCCCUCUGUCGGUGUUGGUUCUCAGCCUGCUGGUGCUGUUCGUGUCGGCGUUCUUUGCGGCAGCGGCGCUGAUCGCCUAUGCCCUGAGGAGGCGGGACAAGCUGCCGUUCCGGCGGCAGGGUGAGGUGGAUCUGGCCGGGAUCCAGAUGGAAUGUGGGAUAUUCACCGAGCAGCAGCACCACAGGUUACCGGUACCAAAGACCCCUCCUCCGUCUGCCUUGCAGCAUAGCCUCGUCUACGAUAGCAUCCUCCCCGUCGUUCCUGGCCCUAACCUCAGUCCCUCAACACACAUGUGCAGUAGCCCAGUCUAUAAGAAUGAGGAUGAUUCAGUGGUGAGGCAGCAACAGCAGCAGUUCUCUGCCUCUAAAGAGAAAGGGAACGUGGGAAGACACGGCUCAGGGGUGGGGAGAGAGAGCGAAGGACACUAUCGUUUGGUGGCAGAGAGAGAGCGAGAGUGUAACAUGGAGGUGUCCCCCCCCUCCAUCAGUACCGUUGCCGGAGCAGUGGGACCCCCUCUUUCAGAUCUCCACGGAAACGGGACCCUCUGCCCAACGGUCAUAGACAGCCAGGGCCCCACUCCCAAGGUGGGAUUGGUUGACUGCCUGUUUGGGAUCUCUGGAAUGUCCGCCGCCGUCCCAGAGUUCCGAGACCUGCCGGACAGGUAUACACGUCCCCCACCACCCCGCUAUCCCCACCCUCCACAACCCCCUCAGCCCCCCGAACCCAAAGAGGAAACUAGAGCCAGCCAAUCACUCGUGGUUACUACACUGACAGCGUGCGCGGGGCCAAGCAGUAGUAAUCAGAGCCAGAACUCAGAGUUUCCGCGAGAGUUGAGAAUGAGAAUCAGUACCAAGCCGGAUUACAUGGAAGUCCUGGACAGAUCUUAUCAGUUCUAAUAGAUGUUCUAAUGUUACCAAGGAACCGCUGGCGUUGACAAUAAAUUACUCCUCUAAUAUGUCAUGUCUUGAACAUGUUGAUAUGCAGAGGUAAACCUGUGUGUGGGGAGAGCUGUUAGGACUAGGAGGAAGUUACUCUUAGAUGAGGCUUUGGAAAUGAUAAGCUGAUCCUAGAUCAGUGCCUGAGAUUAGCAAUUAUUUUUUGUAACAUUGAUGACUAAGUAUCAGAUCAGGCUUUUUUUAUUCCCAGCAUCACAAAACAAGACAAUGUGGUGGGUGUGUGUUCAUUGUGUAUCUUUGUGGUAGGUACAGACCUUCGCUCUCUUUCCCUGGUGGGUGUGUGUUCAUGCUAGACAAUACAGUGGGUGGGUGUGUGUUCAUGUUAGACAAUACAGUGGGUGGGUGUGUGUUCAUGUUAGACAAUACAGUGGGUGUGUGUGUGUUCAUUUUUGCUCUCUAAAGACCUGCUGAUGAGACACUCAGUUGCUCUACCUCUCCAGUAACAUCAUGAAACACAGUGAGAGAGAGAGAGACUGAGACACAGGGAGGAGUCAGGAAUGAAGUGGUAAACAGAGGGGGGGGUGUAAACGCAGAGUCCCAGUCUGACGGGUGUCUAAUGUAGCAUGUAACACUUUCCAUAUGAAAAGAACGUGGAAGACGUGUUGAAGUGUGUUUACCCUGGACACUACAUCCCUGGUAUUAGUGUCACUGUGUCUGAGUGUUACUGUGGACCACAGGAUGCUGGUGGUACCUUCAUUGAGGAGGACGGGCUCAUUGUAAUGGCUGGAACAGAAUAAUGGAACGGUAUCAAACGUGUUGGGUACCAAUCCAUUCACUCCAUCCCAGCCAUUAUUAUGAGCCGUCCUCCUCUCACUAGCCUCCUGUGGUGUGGAAAGAGGGAGAUAUGACACAGUCAAGUGCCUUAGCAACUAGCAGCCAGACCUGGGUCUAAUACACAUGUCCGAUACUUUCAAAAAGUGCUUGAGAUGAGUUUGGAUUUAGCUUACACACUUAUGGGGCUAUUCCGUUGGUGCCACAGUUGUACUGGGCAAACUAACUCAAAGGCAGCUCAAGUACAGUAUUUGAAUGUAUUUGACACACGUAUUUGACCAGGGCAGCAGCCAGCAAGUGGUCAAGGCUUAUUUUUCUAGGAAGAUCUAUUUAUCUAAACAGAGGUUUGAAUAUUAAUGGCCGGGACUCAGAGCUGCUCUGGGAAAUUGAGGGCCCUAUUCAAUCAAAAGCUGAAACUGUAUUUCCCGGAUUCUAGUCAAAAGUAGCCUUCCUCAUGUGAAGAGACAGAGGAGUAUAUUUGCAUUUGUAAGAGUUUAUUUGCCUUUGUAUGUUUGCAUUUCCUGAAUAGGGCUCUGAGUGUGUUUGUUCUCAGGUGGAAUAUAAGGACCUGCGGGAUGCGAGAGAACCAUGAGACACCGCUAUAAACUCCUAAAGGGGAUGUUGACUUGACUACCUUCAUCGGACAAACGGCAGUCAAGUCACUUUAAUGGAUUUAAAGUGGGGGAAAAGAACAGAAAACCAGGACAAAGCGUUUCGACACGAGAAAGACACUUGAAAUAUCGAUUAUUAUCUUUUAAAGGAGGUACCUUUUUAUGCUUUUAUCUCCUACAAAUAUUAGAGGAAAUUGUGAAUAUAUUUAUUCUUAGUUUCUUGUGUGUUGGAGCUUUGCUACUGUAUGGGAUCAUAUUAUAUCAGUGUAUAGCAGAGAUGGCCAAUCCUCCUCCUGGAGAGAUACAGGGUGGUUUCCACUGGUUACCACAACCACAAAGUCAAGAUUGGCUGCAUAUAAAAAAAUAUGGGAUUUUUUUGUUGUAUUUUUGGUCUUAAUUUAAGGUUAGGGUAAGGCAUAAAGUUAGCAGUGUGGUUCACGUUAGGAUUAAGAUUAUUGUUAGGUUUAAAAUCACAUUUUAAGAAGAGAAAUGGGCUGUGGAAGCUAGUAACGACCCUACUGUAGGUGUAGGCUUUUGCUCCAGCCCAACAUAAACACAGCUUGUUCAGAUGGUAAUCUCUGCAGGAGGAAGUUUGGCCAGCCCUGGUGUAAAGGACAGUUCUGCAUCUGGUUUAGCCUUCUCUACAGUGACCACAUCAUAUAUACAAUAAA